UGGUGCUGAAGAUAAGAGUCCAGUAAGACACCAGUACUCUUACUGCUUGCUGUGUUUCAUGAGUCAUUUUCUUUGUGUCCUCAGAGAGAGAAGCAGCAGCCAUGUUUCUGCGGUGAAUCAGCUGUCCUGCUGCUCUUGUCACGAGCUCCUGAGGGAUCCAGUCUUUACCAGCUGUGGACACUGGUCCUGCAGACAGUGCAUGGUCUCAUACUGGGACCAAUCUGCUUCAUCAGGACAAUCCUCCUGUCCCCAGUGUGGAGAAAGGUUCCAGUCCCUAACUGGACAGCUGACAGCUAAUUGGAGAAGCUCUGUAGAGGGUCAGGGUGUUGGUCUUCAGAAGGUUUUAGACAAACAUAAAAUCAGACUGAGGAGGAGAUAUAAAUAUGUAACAGAAGGAACUGAUGAAAUAGGAGGCAGAACUCUCCUCAACAGCAUCUACACUGAGCUCUACAUCAUAGACGGACAGGGUGAAGUUAGAACUCAGCAUGAAGUUCGGCAGCUGGAGACAGCAUCCAUGGCUCUCAGUGACUCACCAAUCAGGUGCCACGACAUCUUCAAACCCUUACCUGACCAGCAUGGAGCCAUCAGAGUGGUUCUGACCAACGGUGUCGCUGGUGUUGGAAAAACCUUCUCAGUGCAGAAGUUCACUCUGGACUGGGCAGAGGGCUUGGAGAACCAAUAUGUCAGUGUGGUGGUUCUCCUUUCAUUCAGGGAGCUGAACUUGAUCAGAGAGGAGCAGCACAGUCUUCUCACGCUGCUCCAUGUUUUCCAUCCAACACUCCAGAGGCUCCCAGCAGAGAAGCUGGCUGUCUGUAAACUUCUCUUCAUCUUUGACGGCCUGGAUGAAAGCAGACUUUCUCUGGACUUCAACGACAGUCGGCUUGUUUCUGAUGUCACCCAGAAGUCAUCAGUUAACGUUCUGCUGACAAACCUCAUCAAGGGGAACCUGCUGCCCUCGGCUCUCGUCUGGAUAACUUCCAGACCUGCAGCGGCCAAUCAGAUCCCUCCUUCAUGUGUUGCCAGGGUAACAGAAGUACGAGGUUUCACUGACGUCCAGAAGGAGGAGUACUUCAGGAGGAGGUUCAGUGAUGAAGAGCUGUCCAGCAGAAUCAUCUCCCACAUCAAGACCUCCAGGAGCCUCCACAUCAUGUGUGGAAUCCCAGUCUUCUGCUGGAUCACUGCUACAGUUCUGGAGAACAUGUUGACCACAGAGCAGAGAGGAGAACUGCCCAAGACCAUGACUGACAUGUACUCACACUUCCUGCUGGUUCAGAUGAAGAGAAAGAAGAACAAGUACCAUGAAGGACAUGGGAUGAGUCCACAGGAGCUGAUAGAAGCUGACAUGGAAGUUCUCCUGAAGCUGGGGAGGCUGGCGUUUGAGCAUCUGGAGAAAGGGAACAUUGUGUUUUAUGAUGAGGACCUGGAGCAGUGUGGUCUUGAUGUCAGAGAGGCAUUGGUGUACUCUGGAGUUUGUACAGAGAUCUUUAAAGAGGAGAGUAUGAUCUUCCAGAAACCAGUCUACUGCUUUGUUCAUCUGAGUAUUCAAGAGUUUCUGGCUGCAGUCUACAUGUUCCACUGUUUCACCAACAGGAACACAGAGGUGAUGGACAACUUCCUGGAUGGUUUACCUAAUACCCAAGUUAGAAAAGACCUAAAAAUGGGAGACAGUAACUCCACUGUAGAUGGUUUCCUGAUGAGAGUCAUGAUGAAAUCUCUCCAAAGUAAAAUUGGCUAUCUGGACCUGUUUGUUCGCUUCCUUCAUGGCCUUGUUCUGGAGUCAAAUCAGAAGCUCUUGGGACCCCUUGUUGGUCAGACAGGGAACAGUCCAGAAAACAUCUAUAGAGUCAUCAGCAACCUGAAGAAGAUGAACACUAAUAAAAUGUCUCCAGACAGAAGCAUCUACAUCUUCUACUGUCUGAUGGAGAUGAAUGAUCUCUCAAUUCAUCAGGAGAUCCAAGAGUUUCUGAGGUCGGAGAACCAAACAGAAAUGGAACUCUCAGAGAUCCACUGCUCAGCUUUGGCCUACAUGCUGCAGAUGCUGGAGGAUGUUCUGGAUCAGUUGGACCUGGCUAUGUACAACACAUCAAAAGAAGGGAAAAUGAGACUAAUUCCAGCAGUGAGGAACUGCAGAAAGGCUCGACUCGUUGGCUGUCGACUCUCAGAGACUCACUGUGAAGUUGUGGCCUCGGCUCUGCUGUCCAGCCACUCCCAUCUGAAAAAACUGGACCUAACUGGAAACGUCCUGCCCGACCCAGGAGUGAAGCAUCUGUGUGCUGGACUUGCAAGUCCACACUGUAAACUGGAGACACUAAGACUGAGAGGCUGCCGCCUGUCAGAGAUCAGCUGUGAUUCUCUCAUUUCCGCUCUCCUGUCAAAUCCUUUUUAUCUAAAACAUCUGGACAUGGGUCUCAACAACAAGCUACAGGAUUCAGGCAUGAAGCUGCUCUGUGCGUUCCUAGCAAAUUCACAGAGUAGACUCAAGACGCUCAGAUUGCUAGAAUGUAGUUUAUCAGGCAUCAGCUGUGCUUAUUUGGCCUCAGCUCUGAAGUGCAACCCCUCCCGUCUGACAUUUCUUGACAUGGGUGGAAACAACCUCGAGGAUUCAGGAGUAGAGCAGCUUUGUUCUUUUAUGGAGAGUCCUCACUGUAGACUAGAGAAAAUGAGUCUGUGGGGCUGCAGGCUGUCAGGGAUCAGCUGUGCUUCUCUAGUCUCAGCCCUGAAGACCAACCCCUCUUCUCUGAAAUGUCUGGACCUGAGACACAACAACCUCCAGGAUUCAGAUGUAAAGGACCUGUUGGAUCUUGUGGAGAGCAAACAAUCCAGACUGCACAGGCUCAGAUGGAAGUGAUCUUUGCACAGAUGAUAGUGAAGAGGAUGGUGGUUCUGCCGAAAGAAGAUUGACCCACGUUCUGAUGAUCCGAGGCGGUUAAAACAGCAGCUUGCAAGAACCAAUCAGACAGAGGAAUCAGAACAAAUGGAAAAGACUUAGUGUACUUACAGUGAAUUGCUCCAGAACAGUUCUGGUUCUAAUUUGUUCUAUGUCCGUUAGCUAAUACAUCUAUUGCAGCUGUCAGGAUGAUUUACUGACGCUGCACGUUAAUUUAUCUCCUAGUAUUGACAAGGUUUUCCUCAGCCUGAGGUUUCUCUGGAGCCAGAAACAUUAAAGCUGAAGGUUCUCAAAGAAAACCUUCGACUCCAUGUAAGAACUAAGCAAAACACCUGAAACUGUUGAGUCCAUUAAAAUCAGAACCAGGUCUUCUAAGCUCCAUUUGUGUAAUAUUGCAGAUAAAAACCUUCAAGAGUUACAAUAAACUGAUUUAAGUCAUGAUGUAAAUCUCA